GGGAGCAGUCACUCGGCAGCGGCCGUCGGGACCAGUGCACGCGUCACACGCAACUGACAUUUCAAUCUGACAGCUGUGGCUGUCCAUCACGCGCCCUUUGCCUCAAAAAACUAGUGCGGUAGAAUUAAGAAAUCAUGCUAAUCGAUUUCGAUAAAUAUUAAUGUGCAUUCAGAUGAACUGACUAUAUUUAUUUGUGAACUGUGCCGUAUAAUAAACUUGUAGCUGUAUAAGUGAGAUGGCGUUCGAAGAUCGUUGCAGUCCGAACCAGGCGAACAGCCCUGGGCCAGUGACGGGAAGAGUUCCUGCUCCACACCCUGAGACGCCGAUGAGCUACUGCCCACCAAGUCAGUAUACUUGCACCACGAUAGACUCGAGAUAUGAGCGAACCUCCCCUAAUAUGACGAUAGUCAAAGUGCAACCAAACUCUCCGCCCCCAAGUCCUAUGAAUCAGAGUGAGAUGGACGGAUUCCAAAACUACUACAGGCCUGAAACGCCUGAUGUGAAACCUCAGAUAGGAAUAGAAGAUCAGCGGUUUGAGAAUGAUAAAUUAAGGGCACAAAGGCCCCAACCAUCUGUGCCUAUAGCCUUCUCAAUCAAUAACAUCCUGCACCCUGAAUUCGGACUUAAUGCGUUAAGAAAAACGAACAAGAUCGAAGGUCCCAAACAAGUUGGGCCCAACCACAGCAUUUUAUACAAACCCUACGACUUAUCGAAACCACAAAAUGAUUUUCAAAAAUACAGUUUCGAUUACCUUAAAUCUAAAGAGUCGGAGUUUGGAUCCUUACCACCACUUGGGGGCUUACGGCAGACGGUUUCUCAGAUCGGGGAGCAGGUUCCUAAAGAAAGGGAGAUGCCUAAGGUGAUAGAGAAUCAGAAAAGGCCUGAUUCAGCAAGUUCUGUGGUUUCUUCGACGUCGAGUGGUGCUUUAUCGACUUGUGGGAGUACAGAUACAAACAGUCAGUCAGGAAACGGGACAUUAUGGCCAGCUUGGGUUUAUUGCACUAGAUACAGUGAUCGGCCUAGCUCUGGUCCAAGAAGUAGAAGGAUGAAGAAGAAAGCUAUGCCCGAAGAGAAGAGACCAAGAACUGCUUUCAGCGCUGCUCAACUUGCUAGAUUAAAGCACGAGUUCGCAGAAAACCGCUACCUAACAGAGAGAAGACGACAGAGCUUGGCAGCAGAGCUCGGCCUAGCGGAGGCACAGAUCAAGAUCUGGUUCCAGAAUAAACGAGCUAAGAUCAAGAAGGCGUCUGGCCAGAGGAACCCACUGGCUCUUCAGCUCAUGGCACAAGGCUUGUAUAACCACAGCACUGUCACCGAAAGCGAUGAAGAAGAAGAGAUUAAUGUCACGUAAUUUGAGAUUGUAAAUCUGAAGUGGCAUGACCAUCAUUGAUUAACUACGUUUUGAAGAAUCAUAGAAAGAAUUUUAGUUGAUUUAAUGAAAAGUGGCAGUGCCACUUUUAAUUAAAAAGAAUAUAUCGUCCAAUAAUAUAAUGAUUGGAGGAAUUUAAAAAGGUGGUAAUAGCCACUACUGGUCAACAAUAAAUACGUCAUUAAAUUGUGUGGAGAAUUCUAGUUGAUAUAUUUAUUAAAGCAUAGAGAACCUAAUGCUUAAUUUUCCGCCCAAUAAAGUAGGAGAAAAUUAAUCAAAAGUGGUAAUGACCGUCUUUGAUUAAUUUAUAAGUGGGCUGCCUUUUUGUAACGCCAUUUUGAGACUACAUCACCUAAUAUUAUUAUGAUAUUAUAGACCUAUUUCACAGUGUCUUAUAAAGGUAUAAAAUACGCUUAAAUUGACGGCGUAUUUUUUCCUAUACAAUCUAUGUGUCGAUUAAGUUACAGCAGCUUAUUCAGAUAUUAUGAAACAGGCUUUUAAUACAAAACGGUACUUUAAAAAUAUUAAAGUAAAUGUUCCUGGUAGAUUAUGUAAAAUAAAUAAAUAGAAUAUUAGAAUAACUAUUUAUUACUAAUAACUAAUCAGUAUUUGUAAGACAAUUUAACGUUUGAUGUUAUAAUUGGGUACUUUCCUAAAUAAAAAAAAAUAUUUCGACUGCUCAAUACAAUGAAAUAUUAAA